AUGGAGAAUGUCAAUCUGGUACGACAGAUCAUCGCAAAAUUACCUCCACGAGAGAUCCUCCGCACAUCACUGACGUCGAAAACCUUUCACGAGGCUGCGGUCCACCAUGACAAGGCCACCGUGAAUGCGAUCUAUGAAGAGGCUCCCGCGAACGGUCCUCUUGUACGCAACCUACAGGCGAAACGGAAUGCGGUCGGCUUAUCUCGGGCCAAACAAAAGUCCAAUAUCUGCACCUCCAAAGACGUAAUCUCUGUAGUCGCCUACGCCCUUCUGAGGAGGAUGGGAGCUGGCGGAGACGAAGAAGACGGACGGAAGCAGAUCGGGUGGGCGGUCGAUUAUCUCGGUAGAUUGAGGACCCAUCCGUCGUUCAGAGACUUUCUUAUCCGAGAAAAGAUGGAAGAUAAAGCGUCCGCGGUAGUUCGGGCCUCGAAAGCCUUCCACGCCGCCCUCGAUCGAUUUCCAGACGCAGGAUCGAGAGAGAUGCCCCCAGAAUCGUUGCUCCUCGCCAUGCAACUGCAUCGAAGCACGAACUCUGGAGUUCGUCAGAUGGUGGAUGAAGCUCUCAAGCCUACCGCAACCAAUCCCCUGAGCACGUUGAUCGCUGCUACAAAACGGGUGAUCGGAUUUCGAACGAUCGACUCCCGGUCUGCAGAGUCUUCGCUUCGGCUUUCCGCAUUUGCGAAAGAUCUUCUGAACCGGAUGGGUGCGGACGAAGGGGCUAAAGCAUUCCUACUCUCUCAGGCGAUGGAGUGCCUCCGUAAUAUUGUUAUAUCUCCAUCCUUCGAAAGUACAAUCAUCCGGGAAGCGAUGGACGGAAAGGCGUCCGAACUACUUCAAACCUCUCAUGGCAUUGACUUCUGCAUGAACUACGUAUUCGUCCUUUCUGGGGCUCUUCCAAGUCUCGAGUGGCAGGUCGAGACGGCUCGGAAAAGAAUUCCAGCCGAGCACGAGGACGGAUCCCGUGUCCGGGCCGAAGUAUUGAGUAUGGGGUCGAGCGCGCCCGUCAGCGUGACUUUCUACGAAGAGCCCGGCAUGUACGCCAGCGAAGGACAUGGACAGUGUGGAUACGGGACGGACGUCACCGGCGACACGGAUUUCAACAGGCUCAGCCUCUACCCGCUUCACGUCGCAACCGGCAAUUUGGAAUUCCUCGGUGGCUGCGGGGCGUGCGGCACGCUCAGCCACGACGGCAAGGCGCGGUCGUACGUCGUCACGGACGUCACCGAUGUGAAGGACGACCUGGACCGCCAGGGCUCCUCUUGGCCGCCUUACGGCAGCCACAUCGACAUGAUGGGCACGGAAUUCGACUUUUUCCAGACCCUCCCCCGUAACGGGGGGCAGCUGGAUUUCUCGAAGGGAGGCAUCUUCACGGGUAAUUGGACGAGGGUGCCGUGCGAGACUCUGGGGAGCCCGAACUACCCGGAUGUUCCUGGCGGAAAAUACGUCGUGCGCACACAAGCAUACAACCGGUACGCCAAAGCGCUCGUCGUCUCGCGUAUGCAUGGCGUUGGACAGAUCACGAAUGUGGAUUUCAUGACUCGUAACGGCAACUUCUUCCCAGGCCGUAGAGUCGACGGCUGGGGUGCAUGGUACACACCCGGCCAGGACCUGAGCGGUCAAGGAGGGGUCGGCGUGAGAAUAACCAUGGCUGAUGGUAGUGUCGUGGAACUCGCAGAUUAUCCGCUCCCAGAUUUCAUGUUCUGGGAGACCGGCAACGUAUACAUGGUGUAA